CUUCUACACAGCGCUUCGACUGGACACCCUUUCUGUAGCUUCGCCAUGUGGCCGCGGCUGCUUCGAGCCAAAGCGUUGAUCGAGGGCUUGGAAGUUAUGUUGGAGAGUGGUCGGGCAACGCCGAAUGCCUGGGACAAAUUGGAGCAAGCCGAGGAACUCUGCACGGUCUUUACCGAUGAAUCCAAAGAGCAGAAAGUGUUGUAUGAACUACAGUACCGUGCAGAACACUUGAGGAAUGCCUUCACCCUGAAAGAAACUCGACAAUGUGCUGGAGGUGAGCGGGAAAUUGGGCACACCCCUUUUGAACGAUGGUCAGUGGAUUAUAACCCAGCACCGCUUGGGAGUGGCAUUCCCUUUGGACAGCAGCAGUCGAACUUCAACAAUCUACUUUUGCAGCUGUUGGCCAAGAUUCGACAAGAUAAGGCAGUGGACAGGUGCCAAAGACACCCUCCUGGAGUUCAAGAAGAGGUAGAAAAGGGAACGCCUCUGAUGUUGGCCUGUUUGAAGGAAGACCUCACCAACAUUUUGUCAGAGCUGGAGGAUUUCGUCUCUGUGAUGCCUCAAGGCUCCUCAAGCCGAGCUACUUCUAUCGAGGAUUGGGCGGGUUAUGACUGGGGUCGCCAGAUGGCCAGUGACCUUGAUAUGGUGGCCUUGUUUGAUGGAGAUGCCACGAUUGCAGGUCUAGAGCUCCUUGGGGUGAGACUACAGGGAGCCUUGAAGUCCAAGUUCAAGAUGGAGACUAUGCAGACGGGCAAGUACGGCUUGCUUCUGAAGCUCCUGGUGGGCAAGUUGGAGGUUGAAAUGGAUGUCAUCCCGGCAAUCGCCGAUCCCCGGGGAGGUCAUUGGAUUUUGGAUUCCUCAACUUCUGAGGUCUUGCACAACCACCCCACGGCAGUCGCGGAGGAGGUCCAGCACAAAAUUGCAAGUACUGAGGGCUGGGCAGAUCUAGUGGUUCUGACCAAAUUCUGGAAUAAGUGUCAUGCAGUGAAAUGUGACGAUGGCAAGAAGCGAGCACCUUUUUCAUCUCUACAUUUGGAAGCCACAUUGUUAGGGUUACCUGGCCCAUUGCCUGAACGUUUGGACGAAGCCUUUCUGCUGGCUUUGCAAUUCAUUCGGGGACAUGCCAUCGAAAGCCCGUUUCCCGCUGCUUGGACUGGAAGGUUGGUGGCGGACUAUUUCAAAAAGGACAAGAAGAGAAAAAACAAUGUAAAUGGCCUAUUGAAACGGCAAAGUGAUAUUUUGGAAAGCUUGAUUUCAGAUCCAAUCGCUGGGGAAGACCAGCAAAUGUGGAAGAAGGUUUUGGGCAAACUCGACUGGCUCCCUGAGAUCACCGAGCAAUGAGCAGAAUCCUGCCGGUCGCCCAAAAUAUGUAAAAGCCUGGAGCUGACGAUUUGUUUCCUUGCACUCAUCAUUUAUGUCGAUGAUUUGACUCUUCUUUUAGAUGCUUAACUUUCAUUCAAGGUAACUAGGUAGGCAGUGCAGCUUUCAACUUGCGAACAUCCCGAAAGCAAGAGCAGGCGUCUCACAAAAGAAGCAUUGACAUUCUGGUGUGUUGAAGCUGUGUUGACGGAAUGUGACCAAGU